UGUCUUUACAAGAAAUGAAAGUUUUGUUGCAAUUAUUUAUUAUUAUAAAUGUGUUAUCCAUUUGUUUGUGCCAAUGGAUGCACUCAAUAGUGUUAGACCCGCACAAUAAAUACCACUUAAAGUGGUAUUUUGAUGACACUAAACAACAAAUUACUUUCAAUGUUGUUGUCCGCACCCAGGGUUGGGUAGGUUUCGGUAUUUCGCCAAAUGGUGCAAUGACUGGCAGUGAUCUGGUUAUUGGUUGGAUUGAUGACAACAGUGUCACUCAUUUUCAUGAUCGUUAUGCAGAAGAAGAAGAGUUGCCUACAAUAGAUGACUCCCAAGACUGGCAUUUACUUGAGUCGGGACACAACGGGACCUAUACUUGGAUGACAUUUAGAAGAUUUUAUUUUAGUUGUGACACUGAAAGCGAUUUACAGAUCACUAAAGACACAACUAAAGUGAUUUGGGCCUACAGUGACCAGAAACCUAUCUCACCCUAUGCUAUGCCACAACAUAAGGGUCAUAAUAGAGGCGCCCGACACGUCCACUUGUUGGCGAUCCCCGGCCACAACUUUGAUAAACUUAAUAAUAAUAAUAGCAUUGAAAUGUGGGACAUAACGUCUAACAAUUUGCUCAUACCUAACGACUCUGACACGACCUACUGGUGCAAAAUAGUGAUCGCACCGUUUAAAUCAAAAAUACAUGUUAUUAGGAUUGAACCAAUUAUUUCACCGGCAAGUAAUGCACCCUUUGUUCAUCAUAUGGUACUCUACCGAUGUCUUCAUCCCAACUCAACUCAUAUGGAACAGUAUGCCACACAUGAAGGUGCAAAUUGUGUAGACUUUGCUAAUAUGCCGUAUGAUUUCAUAUAUUGUCAAUCUGUUUAUAUGGUUUGGGCCACAGGUGGAGAUGCUUUUAAUUUACCCGAAAAUGUGGGAAUGCCUAUCGGUGAAGAUGAUGAAACCAAAUAUUUUUUAUUUGAGAUUCAUUACGACAAUCCCGAAUUAAUCGGCAAAAAGUAUGAUAAUUCAGGAUUACGUGUAGUUUACACCCGAAAGUUACGUCAAUACGACGCCGACACCAUUACAAUGGGUUCAGUUGCUGACUAUCGACUACUGAUUCCACCCAAACAGGAAUCGGUGACAGUGGCCGGUCAUUGUCAUCCCAAUUGCUAUCGACAACAAAUUCCAGCCACUGGUCUCCAUGUGAUUGCAAGUUUACCUCACGGACACAAACAUAUGCGAAGAAUAAUAGUCCGACACUUUCGUAACGGAACAGAAUUGCAACCAAUUGCUGAAGAAAACAAUUAUGAUUUCAAUUUUCAAGACUUUCGCCGAUCACCAGAUAAUUGUCGCAUUAUGGCCGACGACCACAUCACUGUUGAAUGCACUUAUAAUACUGUCAAUCGGGAUAAACCAUUAUUUGGUGGAUUAUCUACAAAAGAGGAAAUGUGUUUAGUGUUUAUAUUGUAUUAUCCAAGGAUUAAAUCAACGAGAAGUUGUUUAAGUGGUUUGACUCCGCAUACAGUAAUGGCUUUGUCUGAUGUGGCAGAAGUCAAUAGCAUCGAUGACAAUGACAUGAAUCCGUUGAUAGUAAUGCCAUCCAAUUAUGCCGAUCAACGACUGUCCAGUUAUGUUCAACAGAAGACUUUCUGGGAUCACAAUGUGAUGACUGAUUCUCAAGAGUUAAUACGUUUUGCUCCACAAAAGGCUCAGUGCUUCUGGAGAAAGGUUGAGGGACUCGAAGAAAUUGAAGAUCUCAUCGGAUAUCCUAAUAUUAUUAAACCUUUUAUAGAGCCCAUCAAAGAAUGUCAAACAUUACAUACGAAUGCUUCUCAUAAAUCUAGUUGUGAUAUAACUUUUAGUUUAUUAUUAAUAAUAAUAUCUUUUAUAAUAUAUAUACUGUAAAUAUUUGAAAACAAUAUCUCAUUUAUAAAUUCAUUAUAUGUUUAUAAAUAUCAAGUGAUAUGUAAAUACUAGGGAUAGUAGUGUAUUAUCCAAUAACGGAACUUCCGUUUAUAUUCCGGUUAUUUCUUUAAAUAUGUUUUGGCAAUUUGUAAGUCAUAUAAUGUACACAAUAUUUUUAC